CCCUGGCUAAGGGAGACCAGAAAAACGCUCAAUAGAUGUUGGUUGGUUUCUGGAAAAAAAAUCAUGUAACCCACGGUAUCACGAUUCAUGACUAAAAGAAGAAAAAGCGGGACAUAUUGAUGGAAAGACUGUAAAUCGGGCGACAAAAUCGGCAAACUUUUUUCGACUCAGUAAAUUUUUGAUGAUGUCCGUUAUAUGAUCUGCAGAUAGUUUUAUGUUAUGGAUUCUCAGACAAGUAAAAUUACAUGUUAUUCACAGUUGUAUCAUUUUAAUUUGUGUUAUCAUUAUGAUUUUCAAGUUUAUGGAUUUAGAUAUCGGUAACUAGGGUUUUGAUAUUCUUGAUUAUCUUUCUGAAAAAUCUUUUCGAAUUUCAUGGAUUUCUUUUCAGCCUAAUCAUUUAGAGCUUUGGGAAAGAUCUCCUCUCUAGAUUGUUGUUCUGCACUUACCGGAAUCCAUGGCCGAUGAUGUUAAGUAGUGUUGGGUGGGUUUAUUUCAGCAAUUGGGCAGUAGGUGGGUUAAAUUGAGCACUUCUCUACUUACACUUGUUCGAAGUAAAUCUCCACGUGGUAUCUGGGUCAGAGGGUGGAAGUUUUUUUUUGUGUAACAAAGAUUGUGAAAGGGAUAAAGAUAAAAAUUCAGUAAUCAUGAGAGUGAACAGUUCUCAACAUUCAUUAUGGUUGGAAGAAAGUAUAAAUUUUUUUGUUGUAACAAAGAUUGAUCUCUGCAUGGGGUUUUACAAAGAAACUUUUUUACAUGUGGCAUUGAGAGAGGUUUAUCAACUAUUUUUAAGUUACCUUUCUGCUGGAUUAAAAGGAAAAAAAGUUACAGAAAAGUACUCUUACAGAAAAACCUUAGUUCUUCACUAUGAAUCUCUGAGUAGGUUUGGCAAAACAUAGAUGGAUAAUCCAAUAAUAGCAGAAGGUAUGAGUAAGGUGGCUAAGUUGAUAGAAUAGAAUGCAAAUUUAUAUGAUCCUGGAAACUAUAGGCUCCAAGAAUUAAUUAAGAAAGUUGAUGCAUGUAUCAGAAGGAAUGAAUCUGUGGAACUGGUGGGUAAAGAUUUUACGGAGGAAGGCUUUUAUAAAUCUUAAGAGGGAUUUGAAGGCUAAGUGGAAUCUGCAGUGGAAAUUAGAGGUCAGAGAAACAAAAACUAAAAAUUUAUGUUUCUUUGCUUUUGAAGACCUGGAUGAGUUUGCAAAAGUAGUAAUGGCUAAUGCAUCUGUGGAAGGGAAACUAUUAUCUUUCAGGGGAAAAAUUGAUCAGGUUAUACAUUCAGACCUGAACUUUAACAAGUACAUAUUCUGGACAGUGUUUAAGUUUAUUGGGUUUAUAGCUGACAGAGUUUAUAUGGCAAGAAAAGUAGCAAAGGUAAUAGGAGGGAUUUUGAUGAUGAUAAGUCCUCAUGAUGGUGAAUAUAAGGUAUUAGUAAUUGUGUAUUUAACUAAACCUUUAGUGAAGAAAGUAGAUAUGGUGUUGGAGGACUUAGGACCUAGAAAGAAGUCUGUGGAAAUUGAUUAUAUAGGCUUACCUGCUUUGGUUUGUACUUCUUGCAUGUGGAUUGCUCAUCCUCUAGGUUUGGAUUGUAAAAAUGGUAAUCCCUCCAAAAAAGUGAAUAUUCCUUUAGUGGUGGGAACAAGACAGGAAGCUAAGGGAUAUCUAGAGUUAAAGAAAAAUAAAGCCAGAUGCUGGAAGAAAACUGACCAAACAUCUACUGAGUUCAAAAGUUUGAUUGACAAGGAAGCAGUAUAUCGUACUAAUGGAAAAAGGCAGAGAAUGGACAUUGAUCGGAGGUGCCCAGAAAAUGUACUUGUUAAAUUUAAGGCUAAGGCAGUGGUAAUUAGGGAACCAGUGUGGAGAACAUAAGCGUCAGUAAAGGAAAAAGAAAGGAUGAUAAUGAUGAAAAGGAAGAGGAGGAAGCAAGAAAUAAGCAAAAAGAAAAAGAACAAUAUUUUCAAUACUUGAUAGAAGGAAAACAAUAUUUGCAGGGCUAUGCUUGGCUGCUGGCAGAAUAUAAAGAUUUGGGAAGAGGCACUAUAGAUUUUGUUUCAAAUGCUCUCUCUUCUAUUCAAGAGGAUUUGUACUCUUUAAACCUAACACCAAUUGUUGCAGCAGAAGCAGUUCUAAAUGAAGAGGCCAUGAUUUUUGGAAAGGUUAAAGAGUUGGCUACUGGUGAGGGGAGCUCGAGUACCAAAAGCUCUGAAGCGGACAUACUACAUGAUCAGCAGGAGCAGAAGGCUUAGCAAUUCAAGGAGCAGUUCGUUGGGCGCAAAAGCUGCAUCUAAAUAACAGACAGAUAAGAGCAGAUUGUAAGGAUGCAGUAAAUUUUUUGAAUAACAUGCCAUCUUCUUGUGAUUGGAGAACCAAAGCUAUUCUAAAUGAUGUUUCAACUUUGUUGUGUAAUGCUCCUAGUGUAAAUAUCAAAUAUGUAAAUAGGCGGAUAAGAGAGCAAAAUGGAGUCGAAAAAAAGCAAAAAUCAUUUGAUGAAAAUGACUCCAGUAAUAUAAUUUUGAAGUGCAAAGCACUACUUGGUAUUGUAAAUAAGCAGGAUAUUUUGUUGUACAGUACUUAGCUU